UGCGCGACAAUGCGGCAGCGCCACUGACUUCCCGAUGCUCUGGCGUCCGAGAUCGACUGCGGUCUGGGAGCGGGAUGGAGCCGGAGCGGAGGCUGAGAGUGGCUCCCACGCGCGGCAGCCGGGGGUCUGGGUGCUGAGUCCCGCCGGCGUGCGGCGAUAGCACGUCUUCCCCUGGCGCGUCGGGGGCGCGAGCCAUGGGAUCCCGGGACGUGCUGAGCGAGACCACCCGGCUGGCCUCCUCCAGCGCCCUGCUGCAGAUAUUGUUUCGGGUGAUUACUUUUGGCUUAAAUGCAUUUACUCUCCGCUAUGUAUCAAAAGAAAUGAUUGGCCUUGUGAAUGUAAGGCUAACACUGCUUUAUUCUACAAUUGUUUUCUUAGCCAGAGAGGCAUUCCGUAGGGCUUGUUUGAGUGGCAGCACAAAGCGAAAUUGGACCAAAACUAUUAAUCUUUUGUGGCUAACAGUUCCGUUGGGGGUGUGUUGGUCACUGUUCCUGGGCUGGAUCUGGCUACAGUUACUUGAAGUUCCUGAUCCUAACUCAAUUCCCUACUAUAAGAUUGGAGUAGUUGCAUUUGGUCUUUCUGCAGUGGUUGAACUUCUAGGAGAACCAUUCUGGGUUUUGGCACAAGCACAUUUGUUUAUAAGGCUUAAGGUAAUUGCUGAAAGUCUUUCAAUAAUCUCCAAAUGCAUUUUGACAGUUAUUUUAGUAGUGCUGUAUCCACAAUGGGGACUUUACAUUUUUUCUUUGGCCCAGCUUUUAUACACCAGUAUUCUGGUGCUGUGCUAUGUAAUGUAUUUCAUGAAGUUUUUGGGUUCUCCUGAAGCAACGAAGAAAUCUUUUCCAGUUUCUAGAAUGACAGAUCUGUUACCCAACUUGAUUGAAGACCAGACAGUAGUUGACUGGAAAGAGGCUAAGUUGACAUGGAGCUUCUUUAAACAAUCUUUCUUGAAACAGAUGCUGACAGAAGGUGAAAGAUAUGUGAUGACUUUUUUGAAUGUGCUAAAUUUUGGAGACCAGGGUGUGUAUGACAUAGUGAAUAACCUUGGUUCUCUGGUGGCUAGAUUUAUCUUUUUGCCAAUAGAGGAGAGUUUUUACAUUUUCUUUGCUAAGGUGCUGGAAAGAGGGACAGAUGUAAAGCUACAGAAACAAGAUGAUAUUGCAAUGGCUGCAGCAGUGUUGGAGUCACUGUUAAAACUCGUGCUUCUGGUUGGCCUGAGCAUUACAGUUUUUGGCUAUGCCUAUUCUCAGCUGGCUCUGGAUAUUUAUGGAGGUUCAAUGCUCAGUUCGGGAUCAGAGUUGAAGAGUUUCUCUUCACCUCAAAGAAAUGUGCUGUACCAUGACUGCUCGGGAAAUUACUCCUCAGAACUGAGACAGAGGGAGAGUGCACAGUGUCCCAGUCUCCUGCGCUGCUAUUCUUUAUAUGUCCUGCUUCUUGCUGUCAAUGGAGUAACAGAAUGUUUUACAUUUGCUUCUAUGUGCAAAGAGGAGGUAGACAGGUUCAAUUUUGUUAUGCUGGCCUUGUCCUUCACAUUCUUGUGCGUCUCUUAUUUCUUGACUCAGUGGCAAGGCAGUGUAGGCUUUAUCCUUGCAAACUGCUUCAAUAUGAGUAUUCGAAUAGCACACAGCAUUCACUACAUCUACAAUUACUUCAAAGAGAGCUCUUACAGACCUUUGAAAGGGCUGCUACUCUCGCCAUCACUAAUUUUUGUUUAUAUUAUAAGUGGAGUAGUCACUGUUUUUUCAGAGGUAUUCUUGUGCUGUGAUAAAGGCUGGCUGGCAAAGCUGAUUCACAUCACUGUGGGAGCUCUGUGCUUCGCAGCAACACUUAUCACUGUAUUCUUCACAGAGACCAAGCUGAUUAACUUUGUUAGAAUGCAGUUCCUGUCACGAUAUACCAAGAAAGAAACUUAAAAUGAUCAUGUACGGAAUAAUUGUUAUGUAUGUAUACGUUUUAUAUAUAAAAUAUGCAUAGGAUAAGUUUUAAUGGCACCUUGUAAGGUUUCUUAAAAAAAAAAAUCAAACUCCCAUAGAAUAUUUCUGACACUGUGUAGCUGAAAUGGAAAUAUUUGGCAACCAGAUACUAUUUCGAUUUUCAAAUCAUUUAAACUCAUAACAGGUUCCAACACAAA